AUGGCGCACUGCAAUGCUCGGUCGCUGCAGAAGGGCCUCGGUUUCCUCGGCCGCUGCAGCCCCCUCGUGGCUCUGCUGGUGGUGCUGGGGCCGGCCUUGUCACGGGCGUUGUUGCGGAUCCACGUAACUAAGGAGACCCUGGGCUACCUCCGGGGGCACUACCGCGUCGAACCAGGCAACGGAGGGGAGAGGAACCACUACCUGAAGAGCCAGAAUAUCGAGACGUUCCUUAUAGUACCUGACGAAGAGUAUCGGGAUUACAACGUCAAGAAGACCUCGAUGUACAGCAUGAACGGCAGCGUCAGCAAGGAGAUGAGGAUGAUCGGGCACGCAGACCACACCAAGCAGAACACCAACAUCCACACCAAGUAG